GUUAUUUGGCAACACUCGUUAAACGCCAUUUUUACUUGAAUAAAAUUUUCUGAAAAUUUUGCAAAUUGAAAUUGGCUUCUAUCCUAACCGUUUUCACAUCAAGUAAUUGCGAUUUAUGAUAUAAGUAUACGUACGUAAAUAUUUCUCCAGAAGAUUAUCGAGUUCAUCAAAACUCUCAAGAACUCAAUUUGUUUCAAGAAAUCCAAAAUGAGUGAAUCAGCUGAUCAAAAUGAACCUCCAAAAGAUCCAAAGGAACUGGAAAAAUUAGAAGAGGCAAAGCUAAAAGCAAAGUUUCCGAACACGAUACUUGGUAGAGGUCCCAGUGGUCAUUCAGCUUUUCUACAAAAAAGACUUGCUAAAGGACAAAAGUUCUUUGACUCGGGUGACUACCAGAUGGCAAAGCAGCGGCCGGGCAACCUGGCGGCGCCAUUCAAAGCUCCUGCCGUGCCCGCCAAGCUGCCCACAGGCGACGCUAUUCCCACGCCCGAAACCGUGCCGUUGCGCAAGACCUCCAUCAUCCAGCCCAAGUACCAGCCACCCACACACUCCUAGCCACACCACACCUCCACUCUACACGUGAGUCCUAGCCAUGCGACACCCAUCCACUAGAUAUCCAUUAAUGACCAUUAAUUGAAAUGUUAAAUCUCACUAUGCAGUGUAUACACUCUCUAGCUGUCAUUGUGGUCCAUUCAUCUCCAUUCACCAAACUGAACCCUAACCAUAUUGUGUUGAGCAAGGCCGCCACUAUCCAGCUGGCUGCACACCUAGCCACACACCACUCCGCUUAUGAGUCCUAGCCAUGCAACACUUAUCUGCAUAUAUAUAUCCAUUCAUGUUCAUGCUAAAGGGUGAGCUAUUGCUGAGCGAAAUAUCUAGAUCUACUAGCUAUCCAAUCAUGUCUGUUCACUUAACCCAUCCAAUAGUUAUAAUAGUGAUCCACAUGACCAACCAUUCAUGUGAGGAUGAACCCUAGACUCGAGUUGUACAUACAUCUCUCCACUAUGUAAUGGUGCUUAUUCUGAUGUACACUAUAUCAAAACUAAAUUCAUCAUCAUCAUCAUUUCAACCCAUGGCUGAUAAAUUGGCACAUCUUAAAUUAUUGUGAUUCUUUUUACAAAUAUUACUUUAAUUUUAGAACUAUCAAUUUAGAAAUUCUGUACUAUUGAAUUAGCACCAUUGCCUGAUCCAUUAACAGACUAAGGAAAAAGAUUCAAAUACUCUUUGGAUUUGAACUGUUCUCACAUCUUUCUGGUCAAUAUAGAACACUGAGCAUACACAAUGAAGUUCUUGCUAUAAACUUGAUGCAAAAUUGAUCAUGUAUGGUCAGCGUUAUAUCUGACUACUUAUCGUUGGAGUUACACCAGAAAUUAAAAAGAAAAUUAGAAAUUAGUUCAUAGACUGUUUUUCAAGGACUCUUCAAUCAUUUUCCUUUAGUUGGUGCCUUCAUACUGUCUAAAGUUUUUGUACAAAAUAGCAACUGUAACCAGUAUGCAUUUUAGGGAGCUGAUUCUGUAGUUAGUUCUAUAUAAUUUAUAUACAUGUCUCAUUGCAUAUUAAUUUCUCGGCCUUUGGUCCUUUCACUGUCGCAUCGCCGUCACUUGUCUAUAGUUACUAUGGGUAGAUUACGAAACUUUAAUACAACGAUAAUUGUGCUAAUUCGGUUGUUCACAGGACUUUAACAGGUAUGUUGGUCAUACUCUUACUGCAAACGUCAUAAAAGAGCCAUUAUUAUUAACAAGAAUAAAAUUUAAAACAGACACCAUUAUAAUUAUUUUGGCCUGUCAAUUGGCACUAUGGUGACAGGUGUCUCGUCACUGACAUAUAGUUCCGAGUACGCUUACAUGACGUUCCCGGCCGCUAUCAGCGCCAAAAUCAAGUCUCUUCCAAACAUGGACGAUGCUUCCAAAACAGGUCGGCAAUCGUAGGUCCAGCGUGUACUAAAUACUAAUAGAGGUCGCAAUGCAUUAAAGUUUCAGAAUACUGCCCAUAAUUAGUUAUUUUUAUCACCACAUCGAAUAACAUCACCUCCACAUGUUAAUGUUGUAGGUGUGUUAUGUGAUCAUUCAAUUGUAAUACAUUAGUUUUUUGGUUGAAAAAUUAACUUUUAUAAGAAAAAAAACUGUUAUAUUUAUGUAUAAAAAUUAGGUAAUUAAUGUUAGAGAUUUGAAUGAGGGAGUGUGGGUUAUACAUAGUAAUAGAACACAUCCGUAGUUGAUAUUUUUAAGUAAUCGUUCUUGAAUGAAUAUAGCCAUCACAUUUGGAUUUAUAUAAAAACCUUGUUCCUAAUACCACCAGGGGAAUAUUUGCGCAACCCACUCGUACA